CAUCCCAUCUCUUUUCUUGCAUUUUCCUUGCGUUUUCAUUUCAUUCUUCUUCUUUUUCUCCAAGUUGGGUAUUUGUUAAUUAAGUUGAAAUUUUGAGCAAUGGCGGAUCUGGCUAUCACCCGUGUUCAGAGCCUUCGUGAGCGGCUGGAAGAGACUCUCAAGGCUCACCGGAAUGAGAUUCUGGCCCUUCUCACUAGGAUUGAGGCUAAGGGCAAAGGAAUCCUUCAGCAACCUCAAAUUGUUUUGGAAUUCGAAGCCAUCCCUGAAGGACCCAGGAAGAAGCUUGAGAAUUCAGUGUUUGGUGAAGUGCUCAAGUCUAGCCAGGAAGCGAUUGUGUUGCCUCCAUGGGUGGCACUCGCCGUUCGUCCAAGGCCUGGUGUGUGGGAAUACAUCAGAGUGAAUGUCCACGCUCUGGUCGUGGAGGAGCUCCGCGUGGCUGAGUACCUCCACUUCAAGGAGGAGCUCGUCGACGGAACCCUGAACGGUAACUUUGUGCUUGAGUUGGAUUUUGAGCCAUUCACUGCGACUUUCCCUCGCCCAACCCUUGAGAAGUACAUAGGUGACGGUGUUGAGUUCCUCAACCGCCACCUUUCGGCAAAGCUCUUCCAUGACAAGGAGAGCCUCCACCCACUUCUUGAAUUCCUCAGAGUUCACUGCCACAAGGGCAAGAACAUGAUGCUGAAUGACAGAAUUCAGAAUCUGAAUUCUCUCCAAUAUGUUCUGAGAAAGGCUGAGGAGUAUCUUGCCUCACUUCCUUCAGAAACUCCAUACUCCACCUUUGAACACAAGUUUCAGGAAAUUGGUUUGGAGAGAGGAUGGGGUGACACUGCAGAGCGUGUGCUAGAGAUGAUCAGGCUCCUUUUGGACCUUCUCGAGGCACCUGAUCCCUGCGCUCUGGAAAAUUUCCUUGGAAGGAUUCCCAUGGUCUUCAAUGUUGUGAUCCUUACUCCUCACGGUUACUUUGCUCAAGACAAUGUCUUGGGAUACCCUGACACUGGUGGCCAGGUUGUUUAUAUCUUGGAUCAAGUUCGUGCACUGGAGGAAGAGAUGCUUCUCCGAAUCAAGCAGCAAGGACUCAACAUUACUCCACGCAUUUUGAUUAUUACCCGUCUCCUCCCUGAUGCUGUUGGAACAACUUGUGGUCAGAGGCUAGAGAAAGUAUAUGGCACCAAGUAUUCAGAUAUCCUCCGAGUACCCUUCAGAACUGAGAAGGGAAUUGUACGUAGAUGGAUCUCAAGAUUUGAAGUCUGGCCUUACUUGGAAACUUACACUGAGGAUGUUGCUGCCGAAAUUGCCAAGGAGUUACAGGGUAAGCCAGAUCUGAUUGUUGGAAACUACAGUGAUGGGAACAUUGUUGCCUCUUUGCUAGCACAUAAGUUGGGGGUUACUCAGUGCACAAUUGCUCAUGCACUUGAGAAGACUAAGUAUCCAGAUUCAGACAUCUACUGGAAAAAACUUGAUGAUAAAUACCACUUCUCUUGCCAGUUCACAGCUGAUCUCAUCGCCAUGAAUCAUACCGAUUUCAUCAUCACCAGCACCUUCCAAGAGAUUGCCGGAAGCAAGGACACUGUUGGUCAGUAUGAGAGCCACACUGCUUUCACCAUGCCGGGUCUCUACCGAGUUGUUCAUGGGAUUGAUGUGUUUGAUCCCAAAUUCAACAUUGUCUCCCCUGGUGCUGAUAUGAGCAUCUACUUCCCUUACACUGAGGAGAAACGUAGGUUGAAGCAUUUCCACCCUGAGCUUGAAGAGCUCCUAUAUAGCUCUGUUGAGAAUGAAGAACACUUAUGUGUUCUUAAGGAUCGUAGCAAGCCAAUUCUCUUUACAAUGGCAAGGCUUGAUCGUGUAAAGAACUUGACAGGACUUGUAGAAUGGUAUGGAAAGAAUGCCAAGCUCCGUGAAUUGGUUAACCUUGUUGUGGUAGGAGGAGAUAGGAGAAAGGAGUCCAAGGAUUUGGAAGAGAAGGCUGAGAUGAAGAAGAUGUUCGAACAUAUUGAAAAAUACCAGCUGAACGGACAAUUCAGAUGGAUUUCAUCCCAAAUGAACCGUAUACGGAAUGGUGAACUAUACCGCUACAUUUGUGACACCAAAGGAGCAUUUGUGCAGCCUGCAUUGUAUGAGGCCUUUGGACUUACCGUCGUUGAGGCCAUGACCUGUGGAUUGCCUACAUUCGCCACUUGCAAGGGUGGCCCUGCUGAGAUCAUAGUCCACGGUAAAUCUGGCUACCACAUUGAUCCUUACCAUGGCGACCAGGCUGCUCAGAUCCUUGUGGACUUCUUCGACAAGUGCAAGAGUGAUCCAACUCACUGGGACAAGAUCUCUCUCGGUGGAUUGAAACGUAUUGAGGAGAAGUACACAUGGAAAAUUUACUCCGAGAGGCUGCUUACUCUGACCGGCGUCUAUGGCUUCUGGAAGCACGUCUCCAACCUUGACCGCCUUGAGAGCCGCCGCUACCUUGAAAUGUUCUAUGCUCUCAAAUACCGCAAACUGGCGGAAACUGUUCCUUUGGCUGUUGAGGACUGAGGAGAAAGCUUGGCAGAGGAUUUGAUCCAUCCCCCUGGAGUUUUU